AUGAGCGUAGCGACUCAGAACAAGGCGGGAGUACCCAUACCUCCUGCAAAUCAACACCAACCACAGCCACAUGCUGCUUCGAAGUCGAUACAAUUACCGCCAUCGCCGCCAGAGACGGUAGACGGAGAUGACAGCAAGUCCACCACUUCGACGUCAGAACCAGAUUUUCCGCUUCCACCACCAGCGAAUACCCCACCUCAAGUUCUGGAUGUCGACAAGCCUACACCAGAUGCGCAUGUGCCACGAGAUCCGAGACUAAUCCGGCUAACGGGCGUUCACCCUUUCAACACCGAAGCACCAUUGACGGACCUAUUCAAUGAGGGUUUCCUGACCAGCCCAGAACUGUUCUAUGUGCGAAACCAUGGUGCAGUCCCGGAGGUACAUGACGCCGAGUGUCUGGAUUGGGAGUUCUCGGUCGAAGGUCUAGUAGCGAAUCCCCUCAAAAUUACUCUACGACAGUUGCUGGAAGAAUACGAAAACGUCACAUAUCCUGUCACUUUGGUCUGUGCUGGUAACAGACGGAAAGAGCAGAAUGUAGUGAGGAAGAGCAAGGGCUUCUCAUGGGGCCCAGCAGGUGUUUCAACAGCACUAUUCACUGGUGUGGUUAUGAAAGACAUUAUCGAGCGAGCGAAACCAUUGCGAAAAGCGAAAUACGUGUGUAUGGAAGGUGCUGACAAACUUCCUAACGGAUACUAUGGCACUUCCGUCAAGCUCAACUGGGUCAUGGACCCAAAUCGGGGUAUCAUGUUGGCGCAUAAAAUGAAUGGCGAGAUGCUGAAACCUGAUCAUGGCAAGCCGUUAAGAGCUGUGAUACCAGGUCAGAUUGGUGGUCGAAGUGUGAAGUGGCUGAAGAAGCUGAUCAUCACGGCUGAGCCCAGCGAUAACUGGUAUCACAUCUACGAUAACCGCGUACUACCUACGACAGUCGACCCAGACGAGGCAGCCAAGAAUACGAAAUGGUGGAUGGACGAUCGCUACGCCAUCUAUGACCUGUCGCCCAAUUCAGCCAUUGCAUGCCCUGCACAUGAAGAGAAGCUAACCCUCUCUUCGAGUCCUGAAUCGUACAAUGUCCGCGGCUAUGCCUAUAGUGGGGGUGGACGACGUGUAACACGCUGCGAACUUUCUUUGGAUAAGGGAAAGACAUGGCGACUCGCGAAGAUCGACUACGCAGAAGACAAGUACAGGGCAUUUGAAGACCGACAACUCUACGGUGGAAGACUGGACAUGGAUUGGCGUGAGACGAGCUUCUGCUGGUGUUUCUGGAACCUAGAGAUCGCCACCGCCGAGCUAAAAGAGGCUGAUGACAUUGUGGUGCGAGUGAUGGACGAGGCGAUGUGUGUUCAACCAAGGGAUAUGUACUGGAGUGUGCUGGGCAUGAUGAACAACCCUUGGUUUCGGAUUGUCAUACAUAAAGAAGACAAUACUCUCCGCUUCGAGCAUCCCACACAACCCGCACUGAUGCCUGGUGGCUGGAUGGAGCGCGUCAAAAAGGUUGGCGGAAAUCUGACAAACGGAUACUGGGGUGAGAAGAUUGGCGGCGAAGAGCCGGAGCAUGCCGCUAUCGAGGAGGCAAAGGAGAUCAAGAUGACAAAGGAUGGUGUCGACAAGACCAUUGAGAUCGAUGAGUUGCGGAAACAUGACAAGGCCGAGAACCCAUGGUUCGUGGUCAACGGCGAAGUCUACGAUGGUACUGCUUUCUUGGAAGGUCAUCCAGGUGGUGCGCAGAGCAUUAUCAGCGCUGCAGGCCUAGAUGCCACUGACGAGUUUAUGGCAAUCCAUAGCGAGACAGCCAAAGCCAUGAUGCCAGAUUACCAUAUCGGCACUCUCGACGAAGCAUCUCGUAAAGUCCUAGCAGAAGGUGAACACGUCCAAGAAUCCAACGAGCCGCGGCCUAGCUUCCUUGACUCCCGCACAUGGCGCAAAACACUCCUCUACUCUAAGAAGAAGGUCUCUUGGGACACACGCAUCUUCCGCUUCAAACUCGACCACGAAGAUCAAGCCCUUGGUCUUCCCACCGGCCAACAUCUUAUGAUCCGUCUCCGUGACCCCGUGACCCGCGAGGCCAUAAUCCGCUCUUACACACCCAUCAGUCAAACGACGCAGAAGGGAUUCUGCGACGUUUUGAUCAAAAUCUAUGCCGAUACUCCCGGCCGUGCUGGUGGCAAGAUGACGAAAGCACUCGAUUCUAUUCCUACAGGCCAUUGGGUUGAUUUUAAAGGCCCGAUCGGCAAGUUUGAAUACCUUGGUCGUGGCCUCUGCGCUGUCAAUGGCAGGGAGAGGAGAGUGAAGCGCUUUUUCAUGGUUUGUGGUGGUAGUGGUAUCACGCCUAUCUUCCAAGUCUUGCGCGCUGUCAUGCAGGAUAAAGAGGAUACCACACAUUGCACUGUUCUCAACGGCAACCGCUUAGUCGAGGACAUUCUGUGCAGAGAUGACCUGGAUAACUUUGCGAAGGAUAAUGCAGAGAGGUGCAAGUUGCUGUAUACGUUGACUCAAGGGCCAGAGGACUGGCAAGGCUUGAGGGGGCGCAUUGGUGCGCCGUUGCUGCAAGAACAUUUUGUGAAAGAUGAGGGUGAGAGCUUGAUACCCAAGGCUUCUCCAGCCUCAAAUAACACCAUGGCCGAGACGGAGCCAAUCGUCACACAAGGCAUCGAGCCCUCAUCAGGCGAAUCACAUUCACCACCCGGCGACCGCCAUAUCACAGCAACAUGGGGAUCGAAGGACGGAAACAUCUCCAAUGCAGAGUGGAACGAUGCGGAAGCCAACAAGCUGCCUGAGAAGGUAGCUGAUUUAGAGAAGAAGGGCGAGAUCAACGAUCAACAUCCACGGAAGAAGAUCGUGGUUGUUGGAUUGGGUAUGGUGGGCAUAGCGUUCAUCGAGAAACUCAUGAAGUAUGACGUCAAGCGGAGAGAGUAUGAUGUUGUAGUUAUUGGUGAAGAACCACAUCUUGCGUACAACCGGGUCGGUUUGACAAGCUUUUUCCAACAUCGGCAAGUUGAGAACUUAUAUCUUAACCCCAAGGAAUGGUAUGCGUCGAUGCCGGAAGGUUCAUUGAACUAUCACCUCAACACCCUCGUUACCGAGAUCGACUCCACCGAAAAGAACGUCAAGACUUCAUCCGGUGAAACAGUACCCUACGAUAUCUUGGUACUAGCAACAGGAUCCGACGCCCUUCUUCCUCGACAUACACCCGGCCACGACGCAAACGGUGUUUUCGUAUACCGCACAAUAGAGGACCUUCAGAGACUCAUUGAAUUCUCCUCAACAAGGAAAGGUACUACAGGCGCGGUCGUAGGUGGUGGUCUGCUAGGUUUAGAAGCCGCACAUGCAAUGAUGGACCUUGAAGACUUCGCAAAAGUAAAGCUCAUUGAGCGGAAUCGAUGGGUCUUGUCAAGACAAUUGGAUGGGGAUGCUGGUGGUAUGGUUGUUGAGCAGGUCCGAGCCCUAGGUUUGGACGUUAUGUUAAGCAAGAGAGUGGGCAAGAUCUUGACCACAGAGGAUAACUUCGUUAAGGGAGUUGUCUUUGAGGAUGGUGACGAGAUGGAGUGCUCUUGUAUAUGCUUUGCGAUUGGUAUCAAAUCACGAGACGAGCUCGCCCGUAAAGCAGGCAUCAAAUGUGCUGAUCGAGGAGGUGGCAUUGUGGUCGGACCCAACCUAGCAACCUCGCAAACCGACAUCUACGCUGUAGGCGAAUGUGCCAGUUGGGAGAACCAAACGUUCGGCCUCAUCGCUCCCGGUGUCGAAAUGGCAGACGUCCUUGCCUUCAAUCUCACUCAAGCGAAAGCGCAUGCGCCCCGGAAAUUCAAAGCCCCCGACCUUAGCACCAAGCUCAAGUUGCUUGGUGUUGAAGUGGCAAGUUUCGGUGACUUCUUCGCAGACCGCGACGGACCGAAGAAUAUGCCCGGACGGCAACGAGCUGAGAAAAAGGAGGUCAACGGAGCGACGCCGAGAGAUCGCGUCAAGAACCUGACGGAUGGGCCGGCACCACCACCUGUCAAGGCGCUGACCUACAAGGACCCGUUCCAGCAGGUGUACAAAAAAUAUCUGUUUACCAUGGACGGGAAAUACUUGUUGGGUGGCAUGAUGAUCGGUGAUACGAAAGACUACAUCAAGCUCGUGCCGCUGGUGAAGAACCAGAAGCAGCUGGAGAUGGCGCCAAGCGAGCUUAUCGUGGGUGCACAGAAGGGCGAUGAUGACGGUUCAGAUCUAUCUGGCGACACACAGAUUUGCUCAUGCCACAACGUCACCAAAGACGAUGUAGUCAAUGCUACCAAGGACGGAACAUGCAAAAGCAUCGGCGACGUCAAGUCAUGCACCAAAGCCGGCACCGGAUGUGGAGGUUGCAUGCCACUUGUGCAAACAAUCUUCAACAAGACCAUGGCUUCUAUGGGUAACGAGGUCAAGAACCAUCUUUGCCCACACUUCGAGUACUCUCGCGCCGAUCUCUUCAACAUCAUCUAUGUGAAGGGCUUGAAGGACUUUGCCGCUGUCAUGAAGGAAGCUGGAAAAGAUCCGAAUUCCCUGGGCUGCGAAGCCUGCAAGCCGACUAUUGGAAACAUUGUCGCUUCGCUGUACAACAAACAUCUACUGGAGGUCAACAACAGAGGUCUGCAAGAUACGAACGACAGAUUCCUGGCCAACAUCCAGCGGAACGGCACGUUCUCCGUCGUUCCCCGAGUUUCUGGCGGUGAGAUUACCCCAGAGAAGCUCAUCGUUAUCGGUACCGUCGCGAAGAAGUACAAUCUCUACACCAAGAUUACGGGCGGUCAGCGUAUCGAUAUGUUUGGUGCGCGGAAACAAGACCUUCCUGAUAUUUGGCAAGAACUCAUUGAUGGUGGAAUGGAGUCGGGUCACGCAUACGCCAAGUCAUUAAGAACAGUCAAGUCAUGUGUCGGAACCACGUGGUGCCGAUUCGGUAUCGGCGACAGUGUUGGUAUGGCAGUGCGUCUAGAAGAGCGCUACAAGUCUAUCCGUGGGCCUCACAAGAUCAAGGGUGGAGUAUCUGGUUGCGUACGUGAAUGCGCCGAGGCACAGAACAAGGACUUUGGUCUCAUUGCUACUGAGAAGGGUUUCAACAUCUUCGUAGGUGGCAACGGUGGUGCGAAGCCUCGACACUCGGAACUUCUCGCCAAGGACGUCCCACCGGAUGAUGUAGUGCCCAUUCUCGACCGCUACCUGUCUUUCUACAUUCGCACAGCCGACAAACUUCAACGGACAGCGCGCUGGAUGGAGAACCUACCCGGCGGCAUCAAGUACUUACAGGAGGUCAUCCUCGAAGACAAGCUAGGCAUCUGCGCAGACCUAGAGAAGCAAAUGGAAGACCUUGUUGGUACCUUCUUCUGCGAAUGGACCGAAGUUCUCAAGGAUCCCAAAAAGCGCUCCUGGUUCUCACAAUUCGCAAACACUUCCGAGACCAUCGUCGACACCAUUGAACCCACCCAAGAGCGUGGUCAAGAACGCCCAUCCUACUGGCCUAAAGACUCGAUCACAGAAGACUUCCGUGGCACAAAAUGGACAGAGUUGUCUUGGCAACCCCUCGUAAAAGCCGAAGAGUUCAAAGACGCCGACACAGGUGAUAGUAAGGCCAUCAAGCGCGGCGACACUCAACUCGCUGUCUUCAAGGUCCGUGGCAAGUACUAUUGUACUCAGCAGAUGUGCCCGCACAAGCGUGCUUUUGUCCUCUCCGACGGUCUCAUCGGCGACGAUCUUGCCAACAAUAAACUGUGGGUCAGCUGCCCGUACCAUAAGCGCAACUACGAACUAUCGGGCGACAACGCAGGAAAAUGCGCCAACGACGAGAGCGUCAACAUCGCUGUUUUCCCUAUUGAGGAGCGCGGUGAUGGGUGGCUGUAUGUCAAGUUGCCUAGUGUAGAGGAGCUGGACAGUGUACUUGGUACAAGUAAGUUCAAAAUCAAGAAGAGCGAGACAGAAGAUCCAUUCGUUGCUCUGGAUAAGAAGUUGCAGAGGCUGCAACUGAAAGGGAGGAAGGGGAUGCAGGUUUCUCAUCUUGAGGGUGGGUUAGGGGAGAAGGCAAAGGCGGCGCAAAUACUCGCUGGUGGAGACAGGGGCGCUGGAGGCUUAGACUGGUAG